AUGGAGAACAUGAUCGAAUCUGAAGUCCCAAAAGGGCCGAAUUACACCCGGGUCUACAACCUUUUAAGGGACUGGGGAAUGAGAGCAUGCACACAUAGUUUCAUGGCUUAUCAGCUCACUUGGAUUCAGACUCUCGUGCUGGGUGCCCUCGUGGCAGCGGCAGUAGCGUUCCCCUUCGUCAAGAAAGACUACGAGACAUUCCUGAAGGGCGGCCCGUCCUAUGCGCCCCAGAACGUUCGAGGAUACAUCAUCGUGCUCGUGCUCGCGCUCUUCCGCCAAGAGCAGCUCGGGCUCGAGAUCUACGACCGCAUGCCCGAGAAACGUCGCUGGCUCGCGGAUCUCGCUCAGCGCGAGGGCCCCCGCCCCAAAACCACCAGCCACAUCAUCCAGCGGCAGCUCAGCCAGCACACGGACCCCGCAUUCGGCGCCGCGUGCCUCAAAGACACCGUCAUCCCGCGCGUCCAGGCGCGGCACGCAGCCAAUACGCACAUCGCGCGCUCGACGUUCGAGUUCCACGCGGCCGCGAUCUUCCUGAACGCGGACGUGCCGCUGCCCGAGGGCCUCCCCGCGAGCGAGACGGUGCGGCGGACCAAGGGCGAGAUCGCGCACAUGCACGACUACCACGACUUCACGCUGCACCUCGCGCUCGCGGCGGCGGAUGGGAGGGAGGUGGUCGGCAAGGGCUGGGGGCAGCGCCAUCCCCUCGCGGGACCCGGCGUGCCCGGUCCGCCGAACGAGUGGACCUUCGUGUAUGCGCCGAGGAACGAAGAGGAGAUGGGCGUGGUCGAGCAGAUCGUAGAGGCGGCGAUUGGGUACAUGUCGAACGCGCCUGCGCUGGAAUGAGCGACCCAUGUCAAUUUCGUGUACUCAAAGUUUGCGAGUUUGGGUGAACAAGAUGGAAGACUUCGUCCGUCAGCAUUGAGACACGAGCGAACUUUCCAUGUCUCAUGGUGCCCAGUUCGAUCUCCUUGAUAGUGUGGCGGAAAGCCAGAUGGACUGGUGCCUUCUGUGAAUGAGCGAAAGUAGCAGCAGUUGCUAGCACCGGCAAUCACACCCGGGCGUGAUCGACAUCCUCACGUGCAUGAAAACGCACGGACCAUCUGCAAAACAUAUAUAGCCCAGCUUCCAUCAUCGGUGAUUCUUCAGAUACAUACUCAUCAGGAUCUUUUUAUAGAAACUGACCGAGUCUCGCAUUUUUACAAAUGCCGCAUCCUUCAAAUCCACUCGAUGACUUUCGCGCUCGCUCGUUCGACUGAGAACAUGGCCUUCUCGUAGGGCCUCGAUGACGUUUUGGUUCGCUUUUGAACUUUCCGCAAGGACUGUUCAGAGCGAGCCUGCGAGUCGAGCGUUUGUCUGAUGGAUUCUCUUCGGGUGUUGGCAUGUAGUUACUUGUAAUUUGUGUAAUAAAUUUCUCGUCAUAUAUCUUCUCUCAGUGCUCUUGAUGAAUGCUUAUGUUUUCAUUUGUA